UUGACUGACCAUUUGGAAACUCGGGCACUGCCCGAGGGCCCGGGGUCAGUAGGGGGCCCUGUGAGAUCCCCCUGGUACCUUUUUCAUAGGCUUUUUUGAGUUUGGGCAAGGACACGGAGGCCCCAUGAUCCCCUAUUGCCCGGGGGCCCCAUGAGUUGUCAGUCCGUCCCUGUGAUGCCUGUCAAUGCCCAUCAGUGCCACCUAUCAGUGUCCAUCAGUGCAGCCUAUCAGUGCCCACCACUGCAGCCUCAUUAGCGCAUAU